ACACCUUGUGUUAUGGAGUAUCACACAAGACAGCAGGAACAAAAACAGUGGCCCAAGUGUCCAGGUUACAGGCUGCACAGGACACAGGACUAAUUUGAGACCACUGACCAACGCACUAAACAUAUAAUGGUCUUCAUAUCAGAUGCCAUUAUUUCUGAGCAGUCUCCCAUAACGACAGUUAGUCUCUGAAGGCUUUCCCAGUGUGACCUACUUAACCAUUUUAUGUCCAGUAUCUCUUCAGCAUGAGCCAACAUCACUGGUGACGUCAAUGACCCCUCUCCUGACACCCCAGAUGGGUGGGCGCGGUUACGCACCGGCGCGUGCAGCCACAGACGCGGAGAUUCCGUGCACCUGAGCUCAGAGGAGGGCAUAUAAAGUCACGGCGGUGAAGAAGCCAAACUUCACAGCGUCGGUCCAUCACCUCGCCACACGCAGCCCCGCACGCAGCCAUGCACGUGAAUGCGCCUGAGUCGUGCAAUCUCUUGCUCUUAUUCUGCUUCCUGCUGAGGAAUUCUCUGGCUUUAAAGAACGACGCGACGGAAAUGCUCUACUCGCACGUGGCAGAUCCCGUGGAAGACGCGCCGGGCAACGCGUCGUUGAAUCGCGCGCGAAGCGGCGGCAGGGGUUUAGAGAGCGCGCCGCCGGAGAGACGCGACCGAGACCUAGUGGGCUGCAGGGAAUUGCGCUCCACCAAGUACAUUUCAGACGGCCAGUGCACGAGCAUCAGCCCCGUGAAGGAGCUGGUGUGUGCGGGCGAGUGCCUGCCAGCUCUGCUGCUGCCCAAUUGGAUCGGGGGCCACGGGCGAAGGGCGUGGGGCCGGGCGGGCGGGCCAGACUGGCGCUGCGUCAACGACAAGACGCGUACGCAGCGCAUCCGUCUGCAGUGCCAGGACGGCAGCAGCCGGACCUACAAGAUUGCCGUGGUGACCGGCUGCAAGUGCAAGCGCUACCUGAGGCAGCACAACGAGUCGGCGAACAAGCCAGAGGCAACGGCCCUGCCUCGGCGGAGUCACAAGGCCAAGGCCAAGCAGAGGCACCGGAGCAGCAAGGUGAAUGGGAACUGGCAUGAGUCUGAGUCCUGAGAUUCCGGACUUGGAAUGACGGAGAUGCUGGAUUACAUGUGAACAAAAGACAUAAGACAGAAUUGAUAACACAUGGGGGGCGGGGGUUGCGCUGUGUCUCUGAGGGUGUAAUGAAUGUCUUCAACAAGCUCUCAUAGGAUCUAAUCUUAUGCCAUCCAUAAUAAUCCACAAUGCCGGAGUUCCGCAUUUGAAUAUAUCUGAAAUAUUAACUGACCAUGAACAUCUCUCUGUGAGAAACCGUAUCACUGGCCAUGUGCAGUAUAUUGUAUUGACAAUUAGAUAAAGCUGAAUGUCUCAAGUUUGGGAAUGGUAAAGUUAUGUGUAAAUACAGUCUGACUGUGUAUGUAAAUAAACAACAUGGAUGUAUUCAUAUGCAA